CGACUGGGCAGGAAAGUCGGCUUUAAAAUGAAUAGGUACUGAAGGGGAAUAAAACGGAGGGUGGCAGUAAUGCAACAUCGGGGAAGGCAACUGCCGUAAAAUCUGAAAGAAAGCAAAAGGAAAAACAAAGAAGGAGAUGAGGAGGAAGAAUAAGCAGGUGUGAACAGACCACGCUAGGGGGCGCUGUGCCCCCGCUCUUCACGCUGCAGGGUGAGAGGUCGAAGUGGAGAGGUCUCUGUGGGGUUUGACAACCAGUAGAGUUGAGACGCUGCUGCUGCUGCGUGUCAGCGUCAGGUCCGAGGCAUGCAAGGUAGCUUUUAGCCUGUUUCAUAAACAAACGGAAUAACGCGGCAGUUGCUUGUCAGUUUACCCAGGAGGACCUCAGCAACAACUACACUUGAGGAUCUCUGAAGUUUGCCCAGGUCCCUGGAUGCACCGCGGCGCAACGUACUCCGCCGCCCAGUGCUUCCCAAUGGCCGGGAGUUGACCCCGCCCACCAAGAUGACGCUGCGCGAGCAGCUGAGAGAGAAGAUCUCGGCGGCCUUCUACCGCCACGGGCUGCUGUGCGCCUCCUACCCAGUACCCAUCAUCCUCUUCACCUCUGCCAGCAUCCUCACCUGCUGCUAUCCGUUAUUGAGGCUUCCCCUGCCUGGGACGGGUCCUGUGGAGUUCACCACGGGGGUGCGAGACUACAGCGUCCCUUCCCAUGAGCCUCAGGGAGACCUCGGAGAACGGCCCGACUGGUACCGGGGUCCUCCGGUUGCCUACAUCCAGCAGGUGUUGGUGAAGGCAGCGGUGUCUCCGUGGGACAGCAGCCUCGUACCGGUGGACGUGUUUCGGUCACCACUGGGCCGAGUCUUUAGCUUGCUGGAGGAGAUCCGCAACCACGUCCACUCUGACAGCUCCGGGGUUCGCAGUCUGGAGACGUUAUGUCUCCAGGUGACAGACCUGUUUCCAGGGUUACGGCGGAUGCAGUCGGUGCUUCCAGAGCACGGCUGCUUGCUUGUUUCUCCCGGCAACUACUGGCAGAACCAGCGUGAGCUGUUCGACUCGGACCCCGACCUCCUCAAGACCAUCCAGAAACAUGAGCCCAAAGGCCUGCACACCUCGGCCACACUGCGAGACCUGCUGUUUGGCGUUCCUGGAAAGUACACGGGGGUCAGUCAUUACAACAGGAAGAGGGUGGUGACAUACACAAUCACUGUAGUGUUGUCCAGCUAUGAUGCAAGGUUCCUGGGCAGCCUGCGGGCCCGUCUGAAGCAGCUCCACCCGUCAGCCAACUGCAGCCUGAGAGACGACCACAUGGUUCACGUCCACUUCAAGGAGGAGAUCGGCAUCGCUGAGCUCAUCCCCCUCGUCACCACAUACAUCAUCCUUUUUGCCUACAUCUACUUCUCCACACGUAAGAUUGACAUGGUGAAGUCUAAGUGGGGCCUGGCUCUGGCUGCUGUGGUCACAGUGCUCAGCUCACUGCUCAUGUCUGUGGGACUGUGUACACUGUUUGGGCUGACACCCACACUCAAUGGAGGGGAGAUUUUUCCAUACCUGGUGGUGGUGAUCGGCCUGGAGAACGUCUUGGUCCUCACAAAGUCCGUGGUCUCCACACCUGUUGACCUCGAGGUCAAACUCCGCAUUGCUCAGGGCCUCAGUAAUGAGAGCUGGUCUAUCAUGAAGAACAUGGCCACUGAACUAUGCAUCAUCCUCAUUGGAUAUUUCACUCUGGUGCCAGCUAUCCAGGAGUUCUGUUUGUUUGCUGUUGUGGGGCUGGUGUCUGACUUCUUCCUGCAGAUGUUUUUCUUCACCACAGUGCUGUCUAUAGACAUCCGCCGUAUGGAGCUGGCUGACUUGAACCGCCGCCUGCCGGCCGAAGCAGGGCUGCCUCCACCCAAACCAGGCCCACUGCGUCCACGCGAGGCCCCCCCUCCACCACGACCCUCCCCCCACACAAUCACCCUGCAGACCCCGGCCUUCAGGAACCUGAGGCUCCCCAAGAGGCUGCGUGUGGUGUACUUCCUGGCCCGUACACGCCUGGCUCAGCGUAUCAUCAUGGCUGGCACGGUCAUUUGGAUCGGCAUCCUCGUCUAUACUGACCCGGCCGGGAUACGCACCUACCUGGCUGCACAGGUAUCUGAUCAAAGCCCUCUGGGAGAUCCUGGAGGAGGUGGCAUGCCCCCCCACCUGGGUGUGGCCCCUGUUUUCCGUGGUGGAGAUCCUACCAGUACCCUCAGUAUCCACCCUGCACCAGAUCCAACUCCCAUACCCGAGAACCAGUCGCAGGGCCACCACGGCUCAGCCAGGGCAGGGUCCCUCCCCCAUGCCCCACCUGCGGUGCCUCAGAUCACCUGGGGGGCGGAGGAUGAGGAGGGCUGGAGGAGACUGUCCUUCAGGCACUGGCCAUCACUCUUCAGCUACUACAACAUCACUUUAGCCAAGAGGUACAUCAGCAUCCUGCCUGUCAUUCCAGUCACCCUUCACCUGAGCCCCCAGGAGGCCAUCGAGACACGUCACCCUCAGGACACAAGACAUCCUCCACCACCCAUUCCCAAGGUCUCUGCAGAUCUACAGACCGACCUCACCCUUUACAAGGUGGCAGCUCUGGGCCUGGCGGCAGGCGUCCUGUUGGUUCUUCUGCUCUUCUGUCUCUACCGAGUUCUCUGCCCACGUAACUACGGACAAAACGGUGUAGCCCACGGCCACCGGCGCCGAGGGGACCUGCCCUGUGACGAUUAUGGCUACUCACCACCUGUCAGCGAAAUCUCACCACUGCUGUUGAGGGGCCACAGUAUGGAUAUCGAGUGUUUGGCCAGUGACGGGAUGCUGCUGGCAAGCUGCUGCCUGGCCGGACAGAUUCGUGUUUGGGACGCCCAGACUGGGGACUGUCUGACCGUCAUCCCGAACCACGGGCUGAGACGGAGCAGCAGCAGUGGUGGCUGGGACCAGCGGGACGGCUGGGACAGCAUGAGUGGAGCCGCAGAGCUAGAGGGUUUAGGCUCUGAAGGUUGCGACCGCUCCAUCAGUGGUGACGGCCUAUCUGAGGACGAGGGCUACCCGCUGAGGCGCCGCACAGCUCUUGCCCGGCCGACUCUAUUCACCGACCAGCCAGAUCUCACGCCGCUCAUUGACACCAACUUCACCUGCCAGCCGCCCUCCCACCUCUCCACCCCACCUAGGGGAGGGUUUGACUUUGGAGGUCUGGUGGAGCGCGCCUACAUAGAGCACGAGCCCCCCUCACCCUCUACCUACCCCUCUCCUUCCUCAGCCUCCUCCUCGCCACCUUCAGGAGCUCAACUCCAGAGAAGACCCAGCUUAGGGGAUGCAUCCGGCCCCUUUACCCAGGAGAGGGCCUCCGCGGCAGGGAUGCAAGCGAUGCCAGACUGGGAAAGCUCUGUCUGGGCCAUGGAGCUGAGAGGAAAUCUGAUAGCAGCUGGGAGGAGCAGUGGUAAACUGGAGCUGUGGGAUGCCGUGGAGGGGUCGUUGCUCUGCAGUAAUGAAGAUGGUGUCUCGGGGAUCACAGCUCUUGCCUUCCUCAACAACAGAAUCGUAGCGGCUCGACUGAAUGGGUCCCUAGAUUUCUUCACUGUUGAGAUAAACAAACCUCUGGGUCUGCUGCAGUACAGAGGUGCCCCGGGGCGCAGCAGCAUGCCUCCGUCUCCAUGUUACAGCAGCGAGGACGUGAUCAGCCUCCAGCUCACGCGCUCGAUACAGUGCGCUCACCAGAAGCCUAUCACGGUGCUGCGAGCGGCCGCCGGGAGGGUUGUCACUGGCAGCCAGGACCACACAGUCCGGGUCUAUCGUCUAGAGGACUCGUGCUGCCUCUUCACCCUGCAGGGUCACUCUGGAGGGAUCACAGCCAUCUACAUAGACCAGACGAUGGUCCUGGCGAGCGGUGGGCAGGACGGCGCCAUCUGCCUGUGGGACGUCCUGACAGGGAGCCGGGUCAGCCAUGUUUACGGUCACCGCGGCGAUGUCACCUCUCUGGUCUGCACCACCUCUUGUGUCAUCAGCUCAGGACUGGAUGACCUCAUCUGUAUCUGGGACCGCAGCACUGGGAUCAAGCUCUACUCCAUACAGCAGGAGGUGGGAUGCGGGGCCAGUCUGGGAGUGAUCUCUGAGUCUCUCCUAGUCACAGGGGGCCAGGGCUGCGUCUCCUUCUGGGACCUGAACUUUGGGGACCUGCUGCAGACGGUCUACUUGGGCCAGAGCAGCGACGGCCAGGGCGUCCGGCAGCUUCUGGUGCUCGACAACGCCGCCAUUGUCUGCGACUUUGGCAGCGAGCUCAGCUUGGUUUAUGUGCCCUCGGUGCUGGAGAAACUAGACUGAGGAAGAAUAGAUGGCAAGAGUGGAUGAUGGUGGGAACACUCACUAAAAAAAAAAAAAACAUGCAGUCAGAACAUCCUUUUCCUCUUCAUCCUUUCGACUUUCCCACAGUUUUUUGCUUUCUUUUAUGGUUUCUGACUCCCGGAUGAGGCGAUCAUUAGACCGGUUUCCAUGUACAAGGCGUUCUGUUGUUUUAUAAAAGUGAGAUGUUUUAGCUACAAGCCUGGAUGUAAUGAGGAAGAAAAUUCUGAACACUGUGCAACCUGCUGCAUUUUAUCGGAGGAGGCCGACAGACCUCUGACCAUGACAUUUACGAGGGUCAUGAGGUUCUGCGUUGUGAGAAAGGCUGGAUGUUUCUCCCUGAGAGAGGAUCCACCAGUCACCAGUUUGUGCUUUUUGUGUGCGCGUGUUUGUUUUGUGGCUCUGCCCUCUAUGCUGCUGACACGGGUGGGGCUUCACAGGGACCCCACCCGCCCAGAGAGGAAGAUAAAACUGUCUCCUUAUUUUUUUUUUAAUAUUCCUGCUGCCGCCGUGCAGCCACAGUGAGCUUGACAGGUUUACAGCCUGUUGGGAUGAGCUAAGCAGUUAUACAUAAGUGUGUGUGUGUGUGUGUGUGUGUGUGUGUGUGUGAUUGAAUGAAUGAAUCUAGGUUCUUUUUAUGGUAAGAGACUGCUGAGAACAAAAACUGAUUGAUUGGUUAUGAGUGAAAUGUGCGUGUGAGGGAGAACUGAUGAUUACUGUAUAAAGUAAACCUCCAGAGGGGGCUGUUUUUAUAUGUAUAAAUCUAUUAUUUAUUAGCGAUACAUUUUUGAAUAACAGUUUGUUUAUGAAUGGCUAAUCCCAGCUCUUAAACAAGAAUAUAAUAAUGUGGGGAUAAAUGUAAGAUGGUGAUUAUUUCUUUGGCAGGGUUGGGGCUCUGGUUAUAAAUUGAUUAUUCGUAAUAUUUACUGGAAACACUUUAGUGUUUGUUGUUAUGGAGUUGGGGGCUGUAGGGGUAGAGGUUCCUCCUUUUAUCCCAGCUUCGGCCUCUGAUUCUGGGGUUACUGAUGCUGUACGAGGGGCCCCUGGGGCCACUCUGCCCCUGUGUGCUACACCUUCAUUAGGCUACCUCCAUUUUCCAAACUGCUUGAAUUUUGGAUGACAAUACUGACGUCGUCCUGCACAGGCUGUCAUUGGCUGAAGUCAUGUUUACAUUGGCUACCGUUAUGUUUUAUAAAUUGUGCCCUUAAGAGAUUUUUUUUUUUUUUUUUUUUUGUAAAUCACGGUUAACCUCUAACUGGUUAAACUUAAACUGUUUCCAUUUUGCCCGCAAACAAUGACAGAACUUGCUGUACUAUGUCCUACAUCAGGACUCACAGUACAUUUUGUGGUCAUUGUCAUGUUGUUGAUGUGAACUUGAGUGGAGUUGUCUUAAAACCUGUUUCUGCAGCCAGGCAGUGAAAAUGUGAAGAAAGGCAACACAUAGACAAAAUAGACAGUUAAUAUAUCCACCUAAAGACUCACUGUCACUUUUUAAAACUCUGUUUUAUGCAGCUAUAAGAUAAUAUUACACGUAUUUCCUCAAAUAAAAUCGAGUAGUCAGUUAAAAGCAGGGUCUCCAGUUAUGGCCUGUCUCCAAUUAUACUUAUCAAACAGAGGAAAUAAGAAAUAUAGACAUGUCUCUGAUACAAGCCUGCUUCAGAUAAAGGCCUGUGACCUUCUGCAGUUGAGGUAAAUAAAGGCCCCCUGUCACUGUUUGAGGAAAUACGAUAGAAAUAUUUACACAAAUGCUGUGGUUCAAACAGUUUGCAGUGUUGUGGUCCAUUUAUGGUGCACAUAUCCAGAAAACUAUUCAACAGGUUUGGGACCAAACGGGGGGGGAUAAUAGAAUUUGCAGUUUCACAGUUUCUUGAUCAACUUUUCAAUCAGCCCUAGAUCUAUUCAUAACUCAAAACAAUGACAAUAAACAGUAAGUGUCCAGUUUUAAGGGACAUGGAGUAAUCAGCCACUGGACACAAGGAAGAAAUGCUCAGUUUCUACAAAUCCUUUAGCUUUGAGACUGUGAUAUUCUCUAAUUCGCUAAUUUAGAUAUUGAACUUAUGCUAGAAUCCCAAUUAACAAGUUCCAUAGAAAGCGUUAAUAAGGUUUUCACACCUGUUCAUAACACUUUGAAAGAUGUAUGACUAGUUAGUCUGAUCUAAAAGAUGAUCUAGUACUACUUGGUGUGUUCAGUUGUUUCUCUAAAUCCUAAAACUGUGAAAAAUGACACUGUAAUUCUGUACACAGGUGGAAAUCCACAAAUAGUCCGCAGUUAAAUUAUUUAAUAGCUCGUCUACUCAGUCAACCAACAUGCUGAACUUCACCCCUUUACUCUGGUAACCUGUGCAGAGACCGUGACCCUCCAGGUUUAAGACUUUUCCCUGACUGACACCAACAACAUCCAGAAUGUAUUUCUUCCAAAUCAUCCAUCAUCUACUGUAUCUGCGCCAAUUGAAUGUAAUCCCAGAAGGUGUGACAAACCAACCAACCAGAAAACCAGCAACUAAAUCUUUCACAGUAUCGUAUCGCAACUCUAAUUCAAUGCACUAUUAACCCUCUCUGACGCGUUAUGCUCACACACACAUACACUAGGCACUUACACAAACAUGAGCUUACACACAGGAAAAGUGGACGUACAGUAACUAUAGUAGACGUGCAAACCAAGUUCACAGCUGCAGACGUGCCGAGGUAGCGAGUUACAGGUCUGGUUUCAUAGGGAUGCAAGACCGGAUGGUUUCCAUUCUGCACAAAACAAGCAGCUAAAAAUGACCUUCAGUGUCAGGAUUCACAUUUUUACUUCAAUCUUUAAAGACACCUGAGGUACUUGCAUCCAGCAGAAACCAAGCCUGUGCUCUCCACGGCGCUGUAACCGUGUUAAAGUUUUAGCUUUGUGGUUUCUGUUGUAAAUGGUAGACGAGAAAGUUUUAGAGUUAAAGGUUUAGAUUAAAAACUUAAAGUUUUUAGAUUUUAUGUUUAUUUUUAAACUUCUGUUUUCUAGCAAUGUGAAUUUAAGGUAAAACUAAGGUUAGACAUUUCGGAAAAUAAAGCGUGUUCACUUUCUGGCGGAGAGUUUAACGAGGAGAUCGAAACCACUUCGUUUAACGUCAAGCUAACAGGUAGCGGCUAGCAGCUGGUACAGUUAGCUUAGCACUGAAAACCGGUGCAGCUAGCCCGUUUGUGCUUCUCAUAUGUUAGCAUACGGUAAGCUAACAGAGUUUACCAUUGGUUUGUCUAAAAGACAGUUAAUCGGUCCUUUAUUUUUAAGUGAUUUUCAGAAUAAUCAAAAACUCUUCUAAUCAUCUGGAUGAAAAAAUGUUCGCUCGGCGGCACGAUUAAAAAUGAUUUUUAUCUAGAAGUUGCAACUUCGCGUCCUAGCCAGGAAGCUGACGACAGCCAUCUUUGGUUUGAUUAGGAAACUUGACUCGAAAUUUGGGAAACGAAGUGACAUUUUUUUAACAUUCAGCGGACACAAUAAACUUUUUUUUUUCACCCGGGUGAUUGGAAGAGAUUCUAGAGAGACCUUCAGAUGACCAGAACAUUAAUAUUUAGUUAUAUUUCAGAGAAGCCAACAUUAACUGGUAACAUGAAUGUAUGCACAUACACCGGAGGCACAAACCGAUGCUUGGAAACUGUCCACUCGGGAACAACAAGGCAACAUACUGUACAUUACAAUAUUCCAUUUUCAGGCAUGAUAGAGUCCAUUUUUACAGACACAGAUCAUCAGACAUUUUAAUGUGCUGUGCUCGCUGAUCUUUACCUGAAUGUUUAAUGUUGCUGCAUAAAGUACUAAUCAGAUAUUUGGGAUUUCUCUCACCUUUUUUAAAGACUGAGUAACACCACAAAAAAAUAUAUCAACAAGCACAUCAGAAUGAAUUCAGAGACUGAGACCUACUGAGCCUGAAAAUGGAAAACAAAAUGCAUCAAAUAAAUAUUGUCCAGUAGUUGGCCUUUUUGUCACCACCACCAGUAUAUAACCUCAUAUUUAACAGAGAGAUAAUGAGUGCUGUCAGUCUCCUCGUCCAGCUAACUCUCCACCAGAAAGCAAAUUAAAGCGUUUUCCAAAAUGUCCAACUAUUCCUUAAAGGAGGGAGGGAGGGUUUGUGUGGCAAUUUCAACUGAAUCUUUGCUUCUUGUGAAUGUUUUGGUUCAUCACAUAUGGACUAGGCCUUGCAACAGACUAUAUCCAGCAAUACUUUGUCAGGCAAUGAAAAUGGUUCUGCCCAGUUUGUUUCAGUAAACCACGCUUCUUGUUGCCAUUCAGCUCCAAACAUACCUUGUCAUCCUGUUGCUUUCAUUCAUGCAGCUGUACAGUGAUACCAUAUCAGGAUUUAGUGGAUGCGGCCUUCACAUCCUUUUCUCCUUUGAGUUGUUAAGGCAGGAAAAAAAAUCCUGUGGCAGCACCCUCACAAUAAAGGCAGACAUCAAAUAUUUAAUGUGUUGUGGUCCACAGCUGACCCUCCACCAGCUGCCUAAACAAAGAGAAAUCAUAUUCCACGUCAUUUCUCACAGUUUAGACCACUGUCAGAAAAAUCAGAGCUGUGGCAAAACACAAAAACUUUAACAAGUCUGUAAAUCCCCUUGUCUGCCCGCCAGCCUCCUCCUUUCAUUAGCAGGCUACAAUCUACACAGGCUGUAGUAGUGGAGGUAACUUAUUUACUGUUUUGUAACACAAAAAAAGCGCAAGACUUUUUACUAAUUUUCAAAUAAAGAGGCUUUGAUACAA